AAUCGAAUAGUCGGGAACAGAGCCGGGAAAAACUAUUACGUGUUUCAGUCCUUUCUGAGAAUAAUAUGGAAAAAAUAGUGAAAAAUGUUGAAUUUUAAAUUUUUGGUGGUGAUCCUGGCAAUUUUCAAUAGUUGCUUCGGUGCUCGGUCAAAACCUCAGUUCUCUGUCGGCGCAAUUUUCACCGAUCCUAAAGAUGAGCGGGAAAUUGCUUUUCGAUCAGCAAUCGAUCGGUUCAAUAUGCACGAACGUCUCUUCAUUCUCGAACCAAUCGUGAAAUACGCACCAGACGAUGAUAGCUUUAUCGUGGAAAAAAUCGUUUGUGACUUGGUUACGCAAGAUGUGAUCGCGAUUUUUGGCCCAAGCUCAAUAAAAGCAGCUGGCAUAGUUAGUUCGAUUUGUAAGGCUCUUGAAAUACCACAUUUUCUGUACGACUGGUUACCGGAUGAAAGUGUUGCAGAGAAAGAGGAGCGAACUAUGACUUUGAACUUGUUCCCGGAAGGACUACUUUUGGCUGGAGCUUAUGCGGAUAUCGUGGAAGGAAUGUCAUGGAAGACCUAUACUAUCUUGUUUGACUCAGAUCAUGAUAUAAUGCAAUUACAAGAUGUUCUACAGCUUCAUAGUCCUGGAAAUCUUCCGAUUGGCUUAAGACGGUUGGGUGAAGGCCCCGAUUAUCGGCCUCUGCUCAAAGACGUUAAGGCAAGCAACGAACAUGUUUUUAUCCUUCAUUGUUCCUCGGAGAAGAUUUUGGAUGUUAUGCGACAGGCGAAUGAGCUAAAAAUGCUGGGAGAGUAUGAGAGCUAUUUCAUCCCUUCACUUGACACCCAUACCAUCGAUUUGGAGGAUUUGAUAAACACACCAGCAAAUAUUACAACUGGAAGAUUAAUGGAUCCCACUAGUUUUGAGAUGAAGAAUAUCGUUCAUGACUGGGAAGAGAGUGAGAAGCGUCAGGACCGACACUACCGUGUUUCAUCGGAUCGAGUUAAGACUAGCAUGGUGUUGGUCAAUGACGCCGUAUGGACAUUGGCUAAAGGCUUGAAACAUUUAGAUUUGUUCGAAGAAAUCGAAUUGCCUCAAGUUCAGUGCAAGAAGGGCGUACCAUGGCCAUUCGGUAAACGAAUUGUGGAGCAAAUUAAAGCGAGAGUAGACGAGGGAGCAACAGGCCGUAUUGAGUUCAAUGAGUACGGACAGCGAACUUUCUUCACCAUUCGCAUUCUGGAGUACAACAGCCCCGAAUUCCAUGACAUAGCCGUCUGGGAUCCGGUUAAACGACUUGGCGAAAUUAUUGAUCCGGAUGAACAUUACUCCAAGAAGAUAGAGGAGAAGCUGCAUAACAAAACAUUCACGGUUGUCUCACGGAUCGGUGCACCAUUCCUUCUCAACAGGGAGCCGAAAGAGGGUGAGAUUUUGGAGGGCAAUGCUAGGUUCGAAGGGUACUCCUUAGACUUAAUCGAUGCCGUGGCUCAGCUUCUUGGAGCCAGUUAUAAAUUUGUUCUUACCCCGGACGGGAAAUAUGGAGCUUAUAAUAAAGUUACAAAACAAUGGGAUGGAUUGAUACGACAACUGCUUGACGGGAAAGCUGACUUGGCUAUUUGCGAUCUGACGAUAACAUCAGCUCGACGAAAAGCAGUCGAUUUCACAUCACCUUUUAUGUCUCUGGGGAUUAGUAUCCUGUUCCUGCGAGCAACACCUGCACCACCCGAUUUAUUCUCAUUUCUAUCCCCGUUCUCGUUUGAGGUGUGGGUGUACAUGGGAUCCGCUUUGCUAUUGAUUUCUUUGUUGCUUUUCGCAUUGGCAAGAAUGUGUCCCGACGACUGGGAGAAUCCACACCCUUGCGAUCCGAAUCCGGAAGAAGUUGAGAAUGUUUGGGAUUUGAAAAAUUCAAUGUGGCUCACUAUUGGAUCACUUAUGGGUCAAGGAUGCGACUUACUUCCAAAGGCAGCGUCGACGAGACUCCUAACGGGAAUGUGGUGGUUCUUCGCCCUCAUGAUGCUCAACUCCUAUACAGCCAACUUGGCAGCAUUCUUAACAAAAUCGAUGUCUGCCGACGAUAUUAAAAGUGCAGAGGAUUUAGCAUCGCAGAGUAAGAUAAAAUAUGGUGCGGUUACGGGUGGCAGUACGAUGUCAUUUUUCAAGGAAUCGAACUUCUCCCUAUACCAGCGAAUGUGGGCCGCCAUGGAAUCAGCUCGGCCGUCCGUUUUCACGAAAAAUAAUGAUGAGGCUGUGGACCGAAUUCUUAAGGGAAAACGACUGUAUGCCUUCCUAAUGGAAUCGACAAUCAUCGAAUAUAUCACAGAUAGGAAUUGCGAUCUAGUGAAAGUUGGGGGACUAUUGGACUAUAAGUCCUACGGAAUUGCAUUGCCAUUUAAUUCACCAUAUAGGAAAGCCGUUAAUGCUGCAAUCCUGAAGCUGGGAGAAUCGGGAAAAUUGAAUGAAUUGAAGAGAAAAUGGUGGAACGAGAAGUACGGCGGCGGAAAGUGCUCAUCGAUGCCAACUCAAGAAGUCGACUCGGCCGAACUGGGUGUGGACAAUGUCGGUGGCGUGUUCCUAGUUUUGGGUGCAGGAUUGUUCGUAGCAGUGCUGAUUGGAUUGCUUGAGUUUGUUUGGAACGUUAAGGACGUGGCGCUGGAGGAGAAGAUCUCCCUAAAAGAUGCCUUUCUCAUGGAAAUCACAUUUGCUGCAAAAUUCUGGAUAACGAGCAAACCGGUGCAUGGAAGUAGUGGUAGUGGCAGCGGGAGCGACUCGAAGUCAACAAAGUCCUCAAAAUCAUCUAAAUCAUCAAAAUCUUCAAAAUCAGAAAAGUCAUCAAAGACUGAAAAAUCAUCCAAGUCAGAUUUGAAUCAUAAAUCGACUUCCAAAUCGCGUGAUGGAUCUGAUUCGCGAAGUUCUUCGCCGAAUUUAAUGAAAAAUGUUUCAGAUACAUUCGGUGGUCUGAGAUUUUUAAAACGAGGUCGUGACCGUGAUGCAAGUAACAUGGAAAGUCCUUUGUAAAUUUGUUAUUUUCGUGGAAAGAA